AUGGCAAACAGCAAGGUGCGAUCAUGGAUCUACACCAAAGCGGGCUAUCCGCAGACACUGCACUUGGGCGAGACGGAACUCCCGGCAGCACCUGCUUCCGGGCACAUCCUAGUAGAGGUGAAGGCCACCGCAUUGAAUCCCGUGGAUAUCCAGUUGAUGAACGUGCCUCUCAACUCUUUGCCAGGCCUCAAUGCACCAAAAAUUCCAAGUCGUGACUUCUCCGGCAUUGUCCUUGCUGCAGCAUCAGACAGUGGGUAUGCAAAAGGAGACGAGGUUAUGGGCAUCUCCAUGGAUUUCAAAACCACAGGCUUCCUGACACAGGUUGCGAGCGUCGAUGUGAAAACAUCCUGUAUCAUCCCAAAGCCUGAACAUAUGGACUGGAAGCAAGCAGCAAGUCUGCCGCUGGUCUGGCUCACAGCAAGGACUUCAAUCGAAAAGGCAGUGCCCUAUAUGAAGGCAGCGACUGCGUCCGACAAUCGCAUUGUGGUACUCGGGGGCAGCUCAAGCACAGGUCUGUACACAGUACGGAUUGCACACGAGAGAGGCUGGAGGGUGCUGUCCUCGUGUUCCGGUCGGAAUGUGGAAUUCGUGAAAGGAUUGGGGGCCGACGAGGUGGUGGACUACACCACAUCGCCUACUGCUGUCGUUGAUGCAGUCAGGAGGUUCCAGCCAAAUGCGAUCAUCGACUGUGUGGGAGGCACGGACUGCAUUGGUCUUGCGCCGCAGUAUGUCACUAUCGUUGGUGACAAAACAAGCAGAGCGACCAUUGGCGGCAGUGCGUUGUAUUACACACAUCCGAAGAUGUAUCUUAGGUGGUUGUUCGGCUACCUUGGCCUCGGAAACUCGUACGAGUGCAUCAUUCUUGAUGCGAAGAAAGAAUAUCUGGAGGAGUGCGCGAAGCUGAAAGGGGACGACGAAAUUAUCAUCGACAGCACCUUCGACUUCGGCCGAGCGAAAGAGGCAUUCGAGAGGAUGGACACGGGUCGAGCCAGGGGCAAAGUCGUCGUGGAGCUCCACGGGUAG